GGGAGAAAUUGUUUUUUUCCCUUCUCCUGUCCAUCCAUUUCCCUCGAUAAAAACAAAGGUGAAAGAUUGUCAAGGGGGGCUGCCUCCGGGACUCAUAAUCCUUUACGAAGAACAUAAGCGAAUAAUUCGAGCUUCUCUUCGUCUCCUGGUUCUGUGCUAAUACACGCGACCAAAUGUCGGUUACACUGCACACUAAUCUCGGUGAUAUUAAGUGCGAGAUCGCCUGCGACGAGGUCCCCAAAACGGCCGAGAAUUUUUUGGCACUAUGUGCUAGUGGUUAUUAUGAUGGAACCAUAUUUCACCGAAAUAUUAAAGGUUUUAUGAUUCAAGGUGGAGAUCCAACCAGUACAGGCAAAGGGGGGACCAGUAUAUGGGGCAAGAAGUUCAAUGACGAGAUCAGAGAGUCUCUUAAGCAUAAUGCAAGGGGUACACUGUCAAUGGCCAACAGUGGACCUAACACUAAUGGAAGCCAGUUUUUUAUGACUUAUGCAAAGCAACCCCAUCUCAACGGGUUAUACACUGUAUUUGGCAGAGUAAUUCAUGGCUUUGAAGUGCUUGAUCUCAUGGAGAAGACUCAAACAGGACCAGGUGAUCGACCUCUUGCAGAGAUAAGGAUCAAUAGAGUGACGAUACAUGCUAAUCCACUUGCUGGCUAGUUGCAUCUCAGAAUGUCUGUUUGGGUAGCAUUGUGAUGACAUGUUGGCAUGUUUUUUACAUUAAUUUUGGGAUUGGAUUGAAUGCAUAGAGAAAGUGAGACUGCUGAUGCUACCUGUAGUUUAAUGUAAAGCAACAUUUUGGUAAAUCUAGAAAUGCAACAUUUGAAGUUUUUUAUUUUUUUUAAAAAUUAUGUAUCAUUUGAAGUUGGUUUUCUUGUUUUAUGACACAUUAUUUGAAGUUAUUAAACGUUUAUGGUA